AUGGCAGGGACGUCUAAAGAAGAUGACAAGUUCAUGGAGAUGGUAUCUCAAUCAGUAAAGUUAACAGAUGGUCAUUACAGCAUUGGUUUGCCGCAUAAAAAUAAAGAGGUGGUCCUGCCAAAUAACAAAGUAAUGGGUGAACAACAGGCUUUGAACUUGCGCAAGCGAUUCAUGAAGGUCUGUGCCUUUAAGGAAGAUUAUACUGCCUUUAUGGAGGACGUGAUUGCUAAAGAUUAUGCUGAAAAGGUACCUGAGGAAGAUCUUGAGAGACUGGACAGACCGACGCCGACUCCGCCUCCUUUCUUCCGCAAGCCUGAACCUUACUACAGUGGUGCCGAAACCCGGGAGAAAGGAAGGACCGCCUCCAAAAUGCAGAGUCCCCCCUCAGGAUCGCCGUUCGCGGAGGUCAUCAGCUCUCUUGCCGGCCUCCAUCAGGAACAUCAUCAGGCCCUGUUGGUACUGCGAGAAGACCAAGAGAGACGGUUCCAGUCUCUCGUAAAAACCCAACAGGAGGACCGUGAUGCGUUCCGGAGCUGGUUGGGCCAGGAGCAAGGCAGUCCCCUACCAACUGGAUCCCCGACGAUACCGCUGCACAAGAUGGGAGCCCAGGACGAGCCGGAAGCCUUCCUCGAGCUCUUCGAGAGGUCCGCAGAGCUGUCAGGUUGGCAGCAGGACGCAUGGGCUGCCCGUCUCAUCCCGCUCCUGUCCGGAGAAGCCCAGAUGGCCGCCCAGCAACUCCCCAUCGAGAACCUGCUGAGGUAUGCGGACCUCAAAAAGGCUAUUCUCGAGCGAGUGGGUCGGAGUCCUGAGCAGCAUCGGCAGUGGUUCCGGUCUCUGGAGUUCGGGGAUCGGACACAGCCUUUUUCCUUUGCUCACCAGCUCCGGGAUGCCUGCCGCAGAUGGCUGAUGACCGACGCUAGCACCGUCGAGACCAUCAUCGACCAGGUGACGUUGGAGCAGUUUGUGGCGAGGUUACCCAGGAAAACCUCCCAAUGGGUCCAAUGUCACCGCCCGACGAUGCUGGCCCAGGCGAUCCAAUUGGCGGAGGACCAGCUGGUGGCGUGCCCCGGGGCCGGCGUAGCCCUACCAUCGCUCUCUCCCUCUCUCCCUUCUGUCUCUUCUCUCUCUACGAGACCUGUUCCCUUUCCUAGGUCUCGGGGGAAUUUCUACCCGAGGCCCGCGCCGCGAACACGGUUCUCGCAGGAGGCGGGACCUAACGGCGCUGCGAGGUCCCCUGAGGGAUCCUAUCACCGUCCGGGCAACAAUGCCCAUGCCUCUUCCCUUCCUUCAGCCUCUCCUCGCCAAUUCGGGGGUCUGCUUCCUGCCGCUGGGGCGGCGGGGACUCCUGGGCCGGCCUGUUGGCGUUGUGGGGACCCCGGACAUUCUGUCGACCGCUGUCAUAUGAUGGAGGUCGGGAUGAUGAUCCGGGUGCCCGACAACCCUCAGGCUGCCCUCGGUCAGGACGGGUUGUACCAGAUACCUGUGAGUAUAAGGGGGGGUACAUAUCAGGCUUUGGUUGAUUCAGGAUGUAACCAAACCUCAAUCCACCAAAGCCUGAUGCAAUUCGGGGCAAUGGAUACGAGCCGCGGGGUUAAGGUAAGGUGUGUACAUGGGGAUAUCGUGAACUAUCCUUUGGUGCCGCUGACCAUAAAAUUUCGGGGACAAAAACAUAGGAUAGAGGUGGCUGUUAAUGAGCACCUCCGACAUCCGCUAAUUUUGGGGACGAAUUGGCCAUUGUUUUCAAUAUUAAUGGGACAUUUAUGUGCGGAUGUUUCUGGGCAUAACCAAGUGCGGCGGGGAGGAGCGGUCGCUCAGGUCGGAGAAGUUGAACCGGGACCUCUGAUGACAGUUUCAGAGGAACGGAGCCCGGUGGACAGGAGAAACCUCUCUCAGGGCGAUGAUUUUCCUCUGGAACAGUCUCAGGAUGAGACGCUCAAACAUGCGUUUGAACAGGUCCGUACAAUCGACGGACAGCUUCUCCAACCUGCGCAGACCCUAUCCUACCCGUAUUUCGCUAUUUUGAAAGACAGGUUGUAUCGAGUGACCCAGGACACUCAGUCAAAACAAGAUACAACCCAAUUAGUCAUACCCAAAAGCCGCCGUGAAAUGCUUUUCCAGGCGGCUCAUUGUAAUCCGAUGGCAGGGCACCUAGGUCAAGCUGCAACUGUAAAUCGCCUAACGACCCGUUUUUUUUGGCCGGGCAUUCAUGAGAACGUGCGUAGGUGGUGCGCGUCUUGUCCUGAAUGCCAGUUGGUAAACCCACCGGCCACUCCCAGGGCGCCAUUAUGCCCACUUCCACUUAUUCAGGUCCCCUUCGAAAGAAUUGGUAUGGACCUGAUCGGGCCGUUAGAGCGAUCCGCACGAGGGCAUCGAUUUGCAUUGGUCAUCGUUGAUUAUGCAACCCGAUACCCUGAGGCAGUGGCGUUACGCAAUAUCUCAGCAACCAGUGUUGCGGACGCCCUGUUUCGUUUAAUCUCCCGUGUGGGGAUCCCUAAGGAGAUUCUCACAGAUCAAGGCACGGCGUUUAUGUCACGGACACUCCGCGAAUUGUACGGAUUAUUGGGCAUUAAGACGAUUCGAACCAGCGUCUAUCACCCACAAACGGACGGGUUGGUCGAACGUUUUAAUCGCACAUUAAAAUCCAUGAUCCGGAAAUUCGUACACGAAGACGCCAAAAAUUGGGAUAAGUGGCUGGAACCCCUGUUAUUUGCCGUCCGCGAGGUUCCCCAAGCCUCCACGGGGUUUUCCCCCUUUGAGCUUCUCUAUGGUCGUCAACCCCGCGGGGUUUUAGACGUCCUAAGAGAGGCUUGGGAGGACGGACCUUCCGCGAGCAAAAAUCAAAUUCAGUAUGUCCUGGACCUGCGAACAAAACUCCAUACACUGGGGCGGCUCUCUAUGGAGAAUUUGUUACAGGCACAGGAACGACAAAGCCGGCAUUAUAACAGGGGAGCCAGACUACGUAAAUUUUCACCGGGAGAGAAAGUGCUUGUAUUACUCCCCACGUCCAGUUCUAAACUACUCGCCAAGUGGCAAGGGCCGUUUGAGGUCACACGACGAAUAGGAGAUCUCAAUUAUGAGGUAGUACGGUCGGACAGGAGCGGGGCACAUCAAAUUUAUCACCUCAACCUCCUAAAAAAAUGGAGUGAGGCGAACACCGUGAUGCUGGCGACGACAGUAACUAGAGUAGAUGAUCUCGGGCCAGAGACGAACACCAAGGUGCAAUCACUCGCUCUGGCACCAGGCGGAGAUCAUCUCUCGUCCUCCCAGCUCACGGAUGUUGCGAAGUUGCAAACGGAGUUUUCAGAUGUUUUUUCGCCCCUGCCCGGCCGCACGAAUCUCAUAGAGCACCAUAUUGAGACAAUACCGGGUGCCGUAGUACGCAGUCGCCCCUAUAGGUUACCUGAACACAAAAAAAUUGUGGUUCAGAAGGAAUUAGAGGCUAUGCUGGACAUGGGGGUAAUAGAAGAGUCCAAAAGUGACUGGGCGAGCCCGAUAGUUUUAGUACCAAAGACCGACGGCUCGGUCCGGUUCUGUGUGGACUAUCGCAAGGUGAAUGCGGUGUCGAAGUUCGACGCCUAUCCAAUGCCUCGAAUUGACGAAUUACUUGACCGGCUAGGUACGGCUCGUUUUUAUUCGACAUUGGAUCUGACGAAAGGAUAUUGGCAGAUCCCCCUAUCUCCAUUAUCCAAAGAGAAAACAGCCUUUACUACGCCGUUCGGUUUACACCAAUUCGUCACGCUUCCGUUCGGCUUAUUCGGAGCCCCGGCAACAUUUCAGCGUCUCAUGGAUCGUAUCCUCAGACCUCACGCGGCAUAUGCCGCAGCCUAUCUCGAUGACAUCAUCAUAUACAGUAAUGAUUGGCAGCGGCAUAUGCAGCACUUGAGAGCGGUCCUGAGUUCGCUGAGGAGGGCGGGGCUGACGGCUAACCCGAAGAAGUGUGCGGUUGGGCGAGUAGAGGUAAGGUAUCUGGGCUUCCACUUGGGUCACGGGGAGGUGCGUCCCCAAAUUGAUAAGACAGCAGCUAUUGCCACCGCCCCGAGACCCAAGACCAAAAAGGAGGUGAGGCAGUUCCUGGGGCUGGCGGGAUAUUAUAGACGGUUUGUGCCCAAUUAUUCGGACCUCACCAGCCCGCUGACUGACCUCACUAAAAAGGGGGAACCAGAUACCGUCCAAUGGACGGAGCAGUGUCAGCAGGGGUUUACCCAAGUGAAGGCUGCUCUGUGUGGCGGACCGUUAUUGCACGCUCCCGAUUUUUCACUCCCUUUUCUGUUGCAGACUGAUGCUUCGGACAGGGGCGUGGGCGCUGUCCUGUCCCAGGAGAUAGAGGGGGAGGAUCGUCCGGUGCUGUACAUCAGCCGCAAACUGUCACGGGCGGAGAUGAGGUACAGCACCAUAGAGAAGGAGUGUUUGGCGAUCCGCUGGGCGGUCCUCACCCUCCGGUAUUAUCUCCUGGGGAGGGAGUUCACGCUCUGUUCGGACCACGCGCCCCUCCAAUGGCUCCACCGUAUGAAGGACACCAACGCGCGGAUCACUCGUUGGUACCUUGCUUUGCAACCAUUCAAGUUCCAGGUGAUCCACAGGCCGGGGACUCAGAUGGCGGUGGCCGACUUUCUCUCCCGGAGGGGGGGGGACGAGGCUACAGGCCGGAUGGGGCCUCGGCCUGAGUCGGGCGGUGGGGGUAUGUGGAAAGGGGGGCGUGGUCUAGCGCGGUCUGCGGCAGAGGGGCGUGUCGGGAGUAUGACGGUGAGUAAGCAGAUCAACGCUAGAGUGAAAUCACCUGCUUCUUGUUCUAGUAAUUGGCGAGGAGACGCAUUUAAGGCACGACAAAGGAGAAGAGAGGAGAGAGAGAAACCAGGCUGGGAAAGCACACAUCGACGGACCGAGAGAGACAAGCUGUCGAGGAGCGUCCGAGAGAAAAGAAAGAUUCGUCACAACCAGAGAGAUUGUGUUAUUGAGUGAGCGGGUCUACAACCCGGAAGUAUUGUAGUAAAUAAAAACCAAUUCUUACGCUUUCCCAGCGACGCCGACUCCGCCUC